AUUUUCCAUAUUCAUUUCAUGACAGACAAAAUAAUGAUUUUAGUCUAUUUACUCGUUUUUAUUAUUGCGGAUAUCAGUGGUGGAUCAUCUUUGGAUAAGACAUUAUGCUCAUCUGCAACAAUUCCAGAUUUAGACGGAGCUUGGGUUUGUGACGAUUCAUGGCUGGUUGAUUAUGAAGAAGAUAUAAGCGAUUAUGAUACUUUUAAAAAAUGGAAUUUAUACUUUGAACUUCCAAAGUUUUAUGCAAUCAGCAAGAUUGCCACUCGUCCAUCAAAAUGUGAUCCAGGAACAUCCGUCAUAGCGCGAUUAUCAGCAGCGGUAUGGGAUGAAAGAUUCAUCAAAGGUGAUGAUGAAAAUCUGGUUGACGCCCCUCAAUCCCAUUGGAUCACGAUUAAAGUUCCCAAUGUCACCUUUAUUGAUGGCUUAUAUGAAGAGUACAGUGGUUUUGCAAGGAGAGCCCCAUACUGGAAAUUGACGAUCGAAACACUUGCAAUUGAUGAUCAUUGCAUUCCGAAGUUUAUGUUCUACGCAAGAGCUGGAAUUGCUGCGAUGCAGCAUUUCGUCAUGGAAUUGGACUUUCCGGACGUCGAUGAGCCACUACCUGACUCAGAAGACGACGUUAAUGCACCGACGGGAAAUACGUGUAGUCGGGUGACUGGUGUACCAUCGGAGGCUGUUUCACGAUAUAGACUUGAUACAUCUUUCUAUCGUAAAUACACGAGUGCAUAUGGAAUUCCCGUAAUGAGUUCAUCUAACGUAGAUGACAGGGCCUUACAACGAGCUUGUUACGUUGUAAGGUUUAUGAUGGCAGAUAGAAAAGACCUCCGUGAUCACAUGUAUCGCAAUAAGGGAAGAGUCGCAAUUAUAGGCAGAAGAGAGACGGUACCAAUGGUACCGGAAAUGCGACAAUACACCUGGUGGACACGACGGGCAGCUGGAGGAACAUUCCAAAAUCCAGUAAAUGUUGGAGCAGAAGAGAAUAUGUUGUGUGAAAGAGGGGACGGAUACGCCCGAAAUCAAGACAUUUUUAUGCAUGAGUUUGCACAUGGUAUUCAUUUGAUAGCAUGCCACACUGCAAUACCAAACUUUAAUUCACGUCUUCAACGUUCAUUCAAUUACGCCAGGUCAAGGGGUUUAUGGACAAACACAUAUGCCAAUACCGACAACAGGGAAUACUUUGCUGAAGGGGUACAAGCAUUUUUUGAACAACAACGAGAGGGACCAGUGGGUGGCGACGGAAUUCAAAACCACAUAAACACAAGAGAAGAACUGAAACGCCAUGAUAGAACUUUGUACAAUAUUAUUGAUGAACUUUUUCCAUGUUACAACGACUAUAUACCAAGAUGCAAUGACAUCGGGCAGAGCAAAGGUCUGGGACAAAGUUUGAAAAGAGAUUGCAAAGAUGGUGUAGGGACUACUGAAACGCCUACAACUACUAAGAGUCCGGAUACUUGCACUGAUGACGAGGAAUCCUGCUCUAACUGGGCGGCUUCAGGAGAAUGUCAGAAAAAUCCUGAAAUUAUGUUAAUCAUCUGUAAAAAGAGCUGUAAAGUUUGCACAACAAAGCCACCUGGAACAACCAAACCUUCCACGACUACUAAACAAACGACGUCUGGUACGAAUAAACCAUGCCUCGAUGAGAACGUUUCUUGUGCCCAGUGGGCUAGUAUGGGCGAAUGUGAGAAUAAUCCGGAUUACAUGAAAGACAAAUGCAGAAAAAGUUGUAACUCUUGUUCAGUGCCUUCAACGACAUCACCUGUAACUACUGUCGCACCGCCAACAACAUCGUCAGCAACAACAACAAACCCAGUUCCAUGUACUGAUAUGGAAGAGUCAUGCAGUACUUGGGCAGCAGAUGGCGAAUGUCAAAAAAAUCCGGAUAUCAUGUUGGUCCUUUGUAAGAAAAGUUGUAAAGCCUGUACAACCAAGCCACCUGCUUCUUCAACGACAUCACCUGUAACUACUGUCGCACCGUCAACAACAUCGUCAGCAACAACAACAAACCCAGUUCCAUGUACUGAUAUGGAAGAGUCAUGCAGUACUUGGGCAGCAGAUGGCGAAUGUCGAAAAAGUCCAGAUAUCAUGUUGGCUCUUUGUAGGAAAAGUUGUAAAGCCUGUACAACCAAGCCCCCUGGGACAACCAUUUCCCCCAACACAACCAAACCUACUACGACAACCACUACUACUACUACCAAGACAGCCACUACUACAACCAGACGACCUACUACCACAACUAAUCCGCCAAAGGUCUGCUUGGACGAGAACCAUUCUUGUUCGUAUUGGGCUAGUAUCGGUGAAUGUGAAAGGAACCCCGUCUAUAUGAAAGACAAAUGCAGAAAGAGUUGUAAAGAAUGUUCAGGGUCUUCUUGCUCCGAUGAAGACGCACAGUGUACAGGCUGGAGAUCAUACUGCUCUUCUAAUACUUAUGUUAUUCGAAAUUGCAAGAAAACAUGCAACAAAUGUUAAUAUCAAUAUUUUUAGUGAACAAUGAUAAUUAUAUCCCCAAACAUAUUAUUAUAUAUAUAUAUAUAUAUAUAGUUUAUAUCAAGUUAGUGGAGUCAAAGGGGUUUAUUUCAAUAGAUUAAAACCUUUGACUCCGAAUUGUCUCUUAAUUCCGAGUAAAAUAUUAAACCGUACAUUUCGGCAAAUACAUUGACUAUCAUGGUAUAUUACAAAUUUUUGUUCCAACUAUCUACUACAAUUUUAGGCCCCAGAAGCUUAAAUUUGGAACUGCGGGCCCGGUUUGAAAAAACGCGCCAGAACCUUUCGCACUUGAAAAUAUCAAUGUAUUACAUUAUUAAAACUCCGAUCGUGAUUUUAGGUCAGGGGCUUCAUACCGGCCGUAUGGCUAUGAUUCAUUACUUGAUUACAGAUGAAUAUUUGCAGGCACCAAGAUGUCACACGUUUUGGGAGCAGCUUUGUAAAAUACAAUGGGUCGUGCGUGACUCGUGAGCAUAAUAUUCACCGACUCAAUUCUCUCAAAUUCCAGGUUGCUUGCGAACCUUACCAUUACAUUUUAUGCGUCUGAAUUCAUUUUUGUAUUUUUGAGUUUGUUGACUGCAAGUUGAGCAAUAAAUUUAUUUGAAUGUUCA